AUGUCGUCGCAACCCAGGAAAGACAAUCCUCGCUCUAGGCGCGCUGCUCGUGCCUGUACUCGCUGUCACUCCCGCAAGGUCCGCUGCGACGGCUCCAUCACUGGCUUUCCCUGUACAAAUUGCCGUCUCGAUGCUCGACCAUGUACGUUGCACUCGGGAAAGCGGGAUAAGGAGAAGCAGCUGUUCAGGGCUAUUGCGAAGGAACGCGAACAUGCCUACCCAACACCUGCCCCAGACCAAGAUAACUUGACUUUUGUUAAAGCACAGACGGCGCUUAAAGUGCCCAUUCAAGAGGUUCUAGACGUCUUCGUGAACCAUUACUUUCUAUAUGUGCACCCUUUCCUUCCCGUCGUAGACGAGGCCGUAUUCUGGAGGAAGUACCGGAGUCUGGAUGCAAGUGCUGGCAAAAUUUCGACUUUGCUAUUCCAGACAAUGCUCUUCGCGGCCAGCCCGUUCGUUCCCAUCGAAGCCGCUAAAGAGUGCGGGUAUGACUCUCUGAUAUCUGCACGGGACGACCUCUACCGACGGGCAAAGCGCCUCUAUGAAAGCGGCGUUGAAAAAGACCGUCUGGUCAUUUCUCAAGCAUGUCUCCUCCUGACCUGGUACUCUACCGAUGCCGAACGUUCUACCAACUCCAAAUGGCUACGCAUAGCAAUCCGCUACGCGAAGAGGGAACAAGCACAUCUAUACCACCAGAUGCCACAACUGGGCUCAGGACGCAAGGUAUCUGACCUUAAGCGCCUUUGGUGGUGCUGCAUGAUUCGAGACCGAAUCAUCUCGCUCGGCAUGCGUCGUCCGAUUCAAAUCACUCCGGACGAGUUCGACCUUCAACUGCAAGAGGGGUUGUCAUUUCAAGAUCUAGAAGAGGAGUGCCUGAGCUCCGAGGUGUAUAACCCUGACGCAAAGAUCGCACUCUGCCGCGUUCUCGCCAGCCUAUGUCAUCUUGUCGUUGCGGUCACGGACCUGAUCAUGCUCGUUUAUCCAACAACCCAGAACAUGCCGCUUAGCCUAGCGGAUCGGCGAGCGCAACUGAACAGACUCGAAGAAACCAAGUUUGGCUUGUUAGAGUGGGAGAUCAGCUGGGUGGCGAAUCCAGAUGGGAAGGAGUACUAUAUCCAUCCUUCGCUAACACUUUAUACCAACCUUUGCGCCAUAUACUUCCAAUCCGCUCGCAUCGCCCUCUGCAACCGUAUAUGCCUCCUUAUCGGCCACAACGCCUACCUAACAGACGAAACGGACAUGUCCCGCAUUGAAUCCUGCCGCGUCGACCUCGCAACAGCCAUACGAUCAACAGCUCACAAUGUAAAGCAGCUCAUUCUGAACGGAGUUGCUGAUAAACUGCCCAUAAGCGCCGUGGCAUACACCCUCUUCCCCCAAAUCCUGCUCAGUAUCCAAACACAGCUCACCCCAUCGCCCGAAGACAAAGAGCUCCACGAACUCAUGCUCGUGUUCUUCACCGAGGCCUUCCGCUUCUUCCGCAGCCAAUAUUACACGAGACUGAUUCUAGCCGUGUCCUGGAAAGCGCUGGAGUUAUGUCGGCCUGCAAUUAAGACACCACUUUUGCAGUCAUCAUCUUCAUCAAUUGCCAGUGCCGGUGAUAUUGCCACCACUAGCGAUAAAAAUGGCGGAGAAAGCAACGGCCUCAUCCUGAACGCAUCCCUUAUCGAAAGCCCAAGCAACGCUUUAAGCUACUAUCCCGAUCUCUUCCAGCUCAAACUCACGGAAUACAUCCGCUUGUUGCGGUACGUGGAUGAAUUCAUGUCGUUGCGAAGCUCCCCGGGGGAGAAUGCGAUUUAUCCUACCCCGGCCAUCCAGUCUCAGUCGCAACAAAGACAUGCGCGAACAUACUCGCAAACUUCGAUCUGUUCUAUGUCGUCGCUACCGCCACCACAAGCUGUGCCGGUCACGUAUACCGAUAUCGCUGCCGCCAACACACCCCGAGACACGAACAUGGUUUACACUGGCGACAAUGCAACCGAGGACCCGACGAGCCCUAAAUGGACAGAAGACUACUUCUGGGUUUACUUUGGAGAGACAGAGUUGGAGGGGGAUUCUCCACAGACUACUACCACCGCUGAUGCUGAUACUGGCACGCCUAGUAGUAGCAGUAAUUUCGGAUGUGGGAGUAGUAGGCUUGGACUCGGAGUUGAUCAUAGAACUGGAAGCAAACUUGCAGGGAGUCCUCAGUCUCAAACUUCAGGAACAGCCAGAGUAUCUGAUUCUCCCGAGGCAACCUCGAAGGGGAAAGAGAACCACGAAGAAAUUGGGCGUACGUGUCGUGAAGCUGCAGCCAUGUCUGGACCAGCAGAUUUAGCCUCGACCGCCGUGCAGAACAUGCUUGCUUGUCUGCCCUUGCUAGGUGAAUAG